UUGUACGACGUCACACACAGCAAAAAGUUGUUCUGUUUUUUGGUGCCGAAGUUUUAUCCUAAAUGAAAACAAAUAUACGGAUUUUACACAUAAUAUGUGAUCGCUUGAUAUUUCCCUAACACACGAUGUGGAUGGAUAGAGCAAGUUUAAUAAGUCGAUGAAAUCAAAUCGAGAAAUAUUUGUUGGAGUAAUUGCUUCCGAAGACGAACAACAAAAUGGCGCCGCAGUCAUGCGAGCAAAGAAGAAAUCUUUCUGGCUCGAGCAAGAAACCAUGGCUUCAAUGUAACGAUAAACGGUAACAAAUCAAGACUUUUAUCUUGUGAGUUGUCGAUCUGAUUAUAGCCCAGUGGCUGGCUUCCCGAUGAGUUCAAUGGAGGGCGCCGGGGGUGCUCCUUUGAUGAACGAUUACAAACUCGAGUUCUUUAACAAGCGAUGGCCACAGACACUUCUGGGAGGGCUAAAACCACGACUCGGAUACGAUGCUCCAGUAUAUGUCUACCUAAACCAACUACUACUUUUUCUUUUUCCCUUUAUUCUCGGCGGAAUCUUCACGAUUUUGUCCGAGUUUGCGAUUCUAGACUCGCUGGCAUGUUGCUAUGUUUAUGGUUCGUUGGUAACAAUAUUGGUUCUGUCGUUACACGCAUCGAGUUGGUUUAUGAAGCGAAAAUAUUCAAGUGUAACAAGAGUAAUAGAUAACCACCUCGCGCAGGACGACGAGAUCGACUUCGUAUCAUGCUGUGGAACUGAAACACUGGAAUUUCUAUUCCCUCCUAAAAGAUUCGUCUUUAAUAUUGUCAUUCAUGGUUUGUUAUCUGGCCCUAUAUGCGCACUACUGUUCCUAUAUCUAUUGCCAGCCAAUCUCAUGCGGUUAUUUGCUAGUGAGGGUGCGACUGCUGUGUUGUAUAUUUUUGGCUGGAUAACAGUUUGCGUUGGACAGUUCUCAUUGUCGUCAUCUCCACCCCCUGAACCUGCAGUAUUCCAUGCACUUGACUCUGCUGAGAUCAAACCACUAAUGAGGCCAUUCUAUGUGCUAGUCUUUGGCAUAACUGGACCAUUUUCCACGAUAUGGCCAGAGUUUCUGGCUGUAGAUAUUGCCCUGCAUAUUGUGUUCCCUUUCCUGCUGUUACUAUGGUUGUUUGGGAUCCUACCUCCUCUAGAUGCCUUGCUCUCCUGGCUUGCUGAGCAAUUUCUAGUAGGGAUGCUUGGAGGCUCACCAAUGGCUUCUGAUAUGAGGUUAUUUGUUAUGCUGCUCAUAUCCAGUGUUGGACUGAUCCUUGCUGUGUUUGUACCAAGCCACAUUGCCGUCAUUGCUAUCUCCUCAUUCUUUGGCUACGCACUGAGCACAGACAUUCUUAACCUCUGUUAUAGCGUAUGGAAAAAGCUACGGCAAUCACCCCUGUUUGACCCGUCAACAGAAGAUAUUAUAAACAGAAACCAGUGGCAUGCAAAGGAGUUUAUUGAUCAUGCUGUCAUGCUAACCCUAGGUGUGGUCACUCCAACAAUAACAUACCACUUCUCUACUGAAGCUUCAUCCCAGUCACUUGCUGAUAGUCUAGGCUAUGUGUUGAUUGCUGUACUUGUGAUUGUCAAGAUUCUGGGUGACGUGCAGGGUGUCUAUUUGCUGGGGGGUCUGCUUCGAAAUCCAUUGUUCCCAAAGAGUCUUCAUUCUGAGGGUUCUUUUAUUCAGAGGAAGAAGAAGAUGUAUUAUGUUGCAUUAUCACGACAUGUUAUUCUUGCAUAUGUCUCGCCCUUGUUGAUGUUGGCUUAUCUGGGUCUGUUCCUCGCCCCUCAUUCUGUGUUGCUGCCAUCAGCAAUAGUUGCAUUUGGCACUGUUAGAUCCAUUCGACAGGUAUGGCAGCAUACGUCACACAGCCUUCUUGAGCUAUGUGUAGCAUGCGUCAUCAACAUGCAGGCGCCCACUGCCCUCCCCAGCUGGUGGUCAUCCGCGGGCCUUGGUCUGCAGUUGAUGCUGAUUGGUGCAUGCCGGGAUAGAGUCACGCAAUCCUUCGACAAGCUUCUCUUUCUCGUCACGCUAGCCGUCACGUCCUACAGUCUCCCCAAGCAAAGACACAAAGCAACAGUCCCCCUUCUUAUAAUCAACAUCAUCUUUUUACCUGUGAUGUUGGGAAUAGUAGGGGCUGGGGUGUUCCUAUCCGCACCUUUGUUGCCGUUAUUUUGUAUGCCUUUAUUCAUUAUUGGGUUCCCAAGGCCCCGAAGGAGCUGGCCUCGCACUGGCACAACACAAACAUUCACAUGCAUGGAUGCGUCAUAUUACAGACAGCUUGCGCCGGAAAUUAUCAAAGCUUUCUCAACCACCCUGGCCUCAGGCGCAGCUGGUAGCCCAUCAGCUGGGGACCAUUUCCUGGCCCGGUACCAGGACCGCCUAGUAUGGGUACACGUGCUGGAAUGUGGACGUAGGUACUGCUCUGUUGUCAUUAAAGGACUGGAGAUGCAGGAGACUUCGUGUCAUACCGUAGAAGCCGCGCGUGUUGAUGAAGUCCUCGAUGCAGCUUUUAUUCACGAAGAAAAGGGUGCGAGUAUCUAUUGUAACCCCUACCCACUGAACGUGCUCCGACCGUGUGAUGCAGUCUGCCUUGACACGUACUCAGAUGCCAGGAAUGUGUUGACUGGAAUCAUCGACCAGCCAGAAAACUUGAGAAAAGUAUCCGAGAACUUCGUGAAGACGACCUUAUGGGUAUUAGUCAAUCAUUGUCUCUCUCAGAGCACUCAGGAUAGCGUUUCUGUACACGAAACCCGGCCCAGCUCAACAACUCGACUUCUCACGCCGAGUACUAUCGUUACGAAUACUAAUAUGCGGGAUACCCACACAGAUGAGCUAGAGAUGACGAGAGUGUCUCCUGUUCCGAGUAAGAAUAUGGCGGAGGACAUUGCGGUGGAGAAUCCGUCAAGCAAACCUCUACGGAGCAACUCCCUGCCGAGUCUGAGUGGUAGCGUAUGGUCACAGGAGAGCCUGGAUAUGAGCUUGUUUCAGGCAAAGCCAGAGAAGUUGAACGAUGUGAUUCUUUGCCAUGACGAUGAUCCGUUCGAUUUAGGGGGAUUCCCUGCGGUAGAUAUUGGCAAACCGCGAGAAAAAGAUGACGCAUUCGCGCUACCGAACAGAGUACAUCACACACAUGCUAAUAAUAAUCAAAGGAGUACGACAGGGAAGCCUGUCAGUGCCGAAUUCAAGUCUAAACACGCUUACAAAUUAGACUUGCCUUCAAAGUGGAAGGCGGAUCUUCCCGAUAUGGCCGCCACCAUGCGCUCCAUGGCAGUCAAAUUCCCAACGGAGUGGUACAAACAUGUUGUCAACUCGCUCGACCUCGACGUAGAUGCCGAGACAAGAAGUGACAUCGCUUUGGACCCGACUUUGCAGCAGUUUUACGAGAGACUGGUACUGACUUGCUAUGCUAUAGUCGAGGUACUCGGAUACCCAGGGUCCUCAGCGCACCUUGCAGGGCCAAGCCAUGUCUUCAAGGUGUUCCACGAGCACAUUCCGUGGUCGAUGCAGCUAGAAUGGUUAGCUAAGAAUGACGUCACUCUCUACAUUCUUGUUCUCAAGGCCUACAGGUACGCGUUUAAGUUAACAUAUGACGAGGCUGUCAUCGGUGACAUCAGCGAUCACGAAGAGCUGUCAGACUACCUGCGAGAGUACGACUCUGAUUGGUUCAUGGGGAGUGACGAGAGCGUUGAAUGGCAGCGGGCAGUGCUGAGUGACAGGCCCAACUUGUUCUCAAUCGGAAAAGACAAAGAGAAGGGCACCUACACAAGCCGAGUCCUGAGCAAAAACCGACUGUUGGCGCCGAUGGGCCGACUGAACCCCGAAGCUGUUCGUGGCCAAUGGGCGGCACUCGCGCUUGAGCUGCUUUACCUCACGAACGACGACGAAGAACGUUAUAGCAUCCAGGCCCACCCGACUUUGCUCCGAAACCUGACCAUCCAGGCCGCAGAUCCGCCACUCGGGUACCCUGUGUACUCAUCCGGGUCCUUGCAUAUGGAUAUUAAUGUACCUUGGUCUUAUCAGGGACAUUGAUGUAUGUAGAUGCAUUACGCUCAAUAUAACACAGGGGCUGGGUUUUAUAGGUAUGAGUACAGGUGUGUAAAUAUUUGAAAAUAGCUGAAAUAACUGUAGGCGUGCCUCAUUCGUUGUGAAUACAUACAUUACACUCGAUGAUGUGUACAAAACGUCACGUGACUUUCAUAGACUAUAAGCUCUGCGACUUCCGUUGAUCCAAAACUCUAUGUACUAAAUUGUAUACACCUAUUUCAGAAAACCUUGUCAGUGCAAACGGCAAAUGGCGAUUGAGAGAUGGCAGCUAUACGACCGGAAGGACCCAUGGAUUCCAAAAUAAUUGUUCAAAAUUCAGAAAAAUUUCGAUAAAACAUACGACUUUACAUUUAAUAUAAUUAAUAUAUGGUUCAUCACUUGAGUUUCUCAAUCACCUUUAUUUUUACAAAUAAGUACUACCCCCAAACACCUGUCGGUCGUAGAACUCUGCUUUUGGCAAUUGCCAUUCGCCGUUUGCAUUGACAACCUUUAUUGAAAUAGGUGUACUCAUUUCAGUAGCGAAUUGAAUCUGCGUGAAUCACUGUGCAAAUCCAUCCUUCAACAAAAUCGGCUCAACUAUAUUUCUUACGUAUCAGAAAACCAAGAGAAAGUUAUAUUUCUUAGAAUAAUGAGAGUUUAGAACAUUCAAAGGGAUCAGGAACGAGACGAAUCGCACACUUUUGGCGUAUAUUGUAAGAAUUGUGGUUCUACACCUUUGUGUUUCGUUAGCAUGUGAACAUUGUAUUUAUUGCUUUACACUUUGUAAGAUGUUCACUGUGUGAAUAUUUUAUAUAAUAUAUUAUUUUGAAGUGUGAGUCUGAUAGACUUGUAUUAUAUCAGUCAGUGCGUAUGCUCGGAGACCCAAAAGUCUUUGCGGGCACUCCCGAGGUUCUUACCGCAAAAGGGCGUGGGAUAAGAUCUGGAUCCUCGAUCAUGAAGACUUUGCCUUUUCGCCCAUUGUAAGCAACAAAAUGUGAAUAAAGCAUACCCUCAUA